AUGGGUUUUCCCUGCGGGCGGCGGCGGGCGAUGUUUUCCGUUUUGACGUCGGCUCGUCGCGCUGUGACACUGCCGCUCUGUCACCAGCGGCGGGCACCCUCUCGGCAGGGGACGGGGGGCGACAUCAGGGAACUAUCUCGGCUGCGAUCGCUGCGGCCUCGCCUCUCGCACCCGCGAGGCCCCGGCGGGUGGGACGGCGCGGAGACGGCGGGCGGCGCCCAGGCGGAGCCUCCUCCACCCACACGGCCGGGCUGCCCUCCGCCGCCGAGGACGGCCUCGGACCCAGGAGCGGGCGGGCUCGGGGCGGGCAGACGCAGCCCCUACCUCGAGACUUCCUCCUCGGCAGUGGCUCCCGACGCACCGGCCCCCGACCCUUCCGGUCGGCGACUUGGCGUCCCUGCCCAGGAACGGCGAUCUCUAGAGAGCUUCCCUCAGCGGGCGGCGGCUCCCGACAGCCUCCACCCCAGCAUCCGUCCCCGGCGGCGGCUGCCUCCCCAGCGCGGCGCUUCCGCAGUAACCAGAGUAACUGCCGCGCGCCGUUUGCUCCUCGCGGGGUUCCGAGCACCUCAGCGGCCGGAGGGCUCGGCCCAGAGGUGGAGUUAUGAAAACCUGAAGAGAAAGAGACGAUGAUUAAUCUGGGUCUUA